CCGAGAGGAGACGAACAGAGACGAGGUGCAGGUUGUGAUGGGGUAGAGCGGCGGCUUCGUGAGAGGGAAUGUGCGGAGUCAAGCGACUCGCCUGGCUCGUGCCGUAGCAUCGAGAAGAAGAAGAAAUGUAAAUGUACUUCUUUCUGUGACACUGGAGUUCCUGCUGCAACCUCUGGCCUUCACAUCUGUCUCUUCUUUCUUACUCACUGGAAGCGAUUAAAUCUGCCCACACUUCAUCUUUCUCCACUGUCCUCUGACCUCCGCUCAUCCACAGUUUGUCUUCCUUAAGCCCCACCCUUCCCCCCAUCUCUCCACCCAACCUCUGUUUUUUAUCUUCUCCUCUGACCUUUGUUCUACUUCUCAAACGCCCCUAAUCCCCUUUCCUCGCUUUCUCACUAUUUUCUCCUCUCCUCCGUCCUCCAUGAGUCAAUCACCACCACAACCUUUCACGUCCAACACGCCAUCAGCCCGCUGGACUCGUGGUGUCACGGAAACCCGCUCUCGCCUCUGAUCUGCGUCCUGAUUGGUCAACGGGCUCUUGCAGCCAUUUUUGAACUUUCAGAGCCGCAGGCCACGCUCGUCCUGUCUCCAUCUUUCUUUCCCGUGUCUGUCUUGAGUGGAGAGGCAGCCAUGUUGGAGAAUAUGUCCAGACGUAACCGCUCCCUGUUGUCCCUGUCCCUCACCUCUCUGGCCCUCACCCUCUCCGUGUUGGCGUUCUGCACCUCCUACUGGUGCGAGGGGACGCACAAGGUGGUGAAGCCGCUCUGCCUGUCGCCGGUCAAGCUGAAGAACUGCGGGCAGAAUAACAGUCAGCCGUACACCACAGAGGCCCCCACCCCCGACCCCAGGAACCCGGCCACCAACGUGACGCUGUCUCCGCUGCAGAAGGAUGAGCUGGCCAGGUUAAAGAGGAAGCAGCUGGCCAACGCCGUCCACUACAUCUGGGAGACGGGCGAGGACAAGUACAUGCUGCGUUACUUCCACACGGGCUUCUGGCUCUCCUGUGAGAAGCACAAUGAAGGUGAGGAUCAGGAGGAGAAGUGUCGCAGCUUCAUCGAGCUGACGCCAGGAGAAACUCAAGGUGUCCUCUGGCUGUCCGUCAUCAGUGAGUUCAUGUACAUCGGUCUCCUGGCCAUGGGAUUCCUGCUGAUGUGGGUGGAAUCCAUUUGCCUCUGUGCCAAGAGGGAGAUGAACGCCCUCAAGAUCAACGCCUUCGCCGCCAUGUGCACCGUCCUCUCAGGUUUGAUGGGGAUGAUGGCUCACAUGAUGUACACCACAGUGUUUCAGAUGACCGUCAGCAUCGGACCCAAAGACUGGAGGCCACAGACCUGGGACUACGGAUGGUCCUUCGCAAUGGCGUGGCUGUCGUUCAGCUGCUGCAUGGCGGCCGCCGUGGCAACACUCAACUCCUACACGAAGACCAUCAUCGAGAUGAAGCACCGGGCCCGCGUGAGGAUGGAGGAAGCCCACGCCGCCACCUUAGCUCCUUCCUAUGAGGAGGUCGUACGAGGGGGUGGCGGAGGAGCAGGCGGUGGGGUUUACUCCGUCAGCCAGCUGAUUCAGCUCGGCCACCAGGGAGCGCUCAUGGACCCACUGUGGCCCAGAGGUGUGGGACCAGCUGUUGGACCUCUUGCAUGUGGAGCUGGGGGAGCGCUGCUUGUUGGUGGAGGAGGAGUUGGAGUUGGGGGAAUGGGAGGAGUGGGGGUGGGAGGAAUGACUUCCAUGGGAGGAGUGGGUGUGGGAGGAAUGACUUCCAUGGGAGGAGUGGGAAUGGGACUUGGAGGAAAUGGGGUUGGAAUGGGAGUGGGAGCAGUGGGAGGAAUGGGAGUAGCUGGAGUGGGACGGCUGGGGGACCCUCACGGUUUGGUGGUGGUGGAAGGAUGCUGCGCUGAAGGAUGUGAAGACUGCGAACGGGAGAUGGACGAGAUAGAUUACGCUCUGCAGGAGGAGAGGGAGGACUCACUCUGCUGAGAUUUUGUAGAACCGUGAUGAGCAUCUUGUGGAUGACAUCACGAGGCUUGAACACAAACCACACCUACCUUUGUAUAUAUAUAAAGUUUACUCAUACUUGUAGCAGAAUGCAUGUGUUUGUUUGCAGCAGUUACACAAUGACCUGUCUGAGACUCGAACACUUACACAAGCAGAGCAACAUAACUUUUCUACUGUUGUGUCUCUGGCCCCCUGAUGAAUAUUCACUUCCCCUUUAGCUCCGGUUUGGUCUCCACCAACUGAAAUAUAUCUGUGAGCGUAGAUUACGCUUGGUUUGUUUGAGCGUGUUUGAUUUAAAACUGUGUGAUUGUGGGAGAACUCGGCUGAAGAACCAAAACAAACCGGCUAAAAGAAGCUAGAAGAUGUCGAGUGUUGAUUCUCAUUGGAUUCAGCUCUUUGAACGACUGCAGGUAAAUGUGUAAACAACAUGAUCUAGUUUGUUCAAACCCCACAG